AGCUGAAAAGAAAUAUGCCAGCAUACUUGGCUUCUUGGAGGGCUUCUCCAUGUGUCUUUAGAUCCUCCAAAUCGGAACUCAUGCCAAAUCUAGCCAGUGAUGGAGUUGUCUGUGCUCCGCUUCAAACAUUCACCGAAGAGGAGACAAUGCUGAAAAAUAUGGUGACAAAAUUUGCUCAGGAACGAGUUGCACCUUUGGUACAAAAAAUGGAUGAGAAUUCGAAAAUGGAAGACUCUGUAAUACAGGGAUUGUUUGAGCAAGGGCUGAUGGGUAUUGAGCUUGGGGAAGAAUAUGGAGGAACUGGAGCUUCAUUUUUUUCAAUCAUAUUGGUAGUAGAAGAAUUGGCCAAAGUUGAUCCAGCUGUAGCUCUUCUAUGUGAACUCCAGAAUACACUAACAAAUAAGUUGUUUACCACAUAUGGAACAGAAGAGCAAAAGAGAACUUACUUGCCCAGAGUCGCUAAAGAUACAAUAGGCAGUUUCUGUCUUUCGGAGGCUGGAUCUGGCAGUGAUGCUUUUUCUUUGAAGACUCGGGCUGAAAAGAAGGGAGACUACUAUAUUAUCAAUGGCUCAAAGAUGUGGAUUAGCUUAGCAGAACACGCAGGAGUUUUCUUUGUGAUGGCAAAUACAGAUCCGUCCUUAGGGUACAGGGGAAUUACAUGCUUCAUAGUAGAUCGCAACACAGAGGGACUACAUGUAGGGAAGAAGGAGGACAAGCUUGGAAUCAGAGCGUCUUCUACCUGCCCAGUAACAUUUGAAAACGUUAAGGUUCCUGAGACCAAUAUCCUGGGACAGGUUGGACAAGGCUAUAAGUAUGCAAUUGGAAUGCUAAAUACCGGCAGAAUAGGUAUCGCUGCACAGAUGUUAGGACUGGCACAGGGGUGUUUUGACCACACGACUCCCUACACAAAGGAGAGAGUCCAGUUUGGGAAAAGCGUAUUUGAUUUCCAGGGGAUGCAACAUCAGAUAGCUCAGGUAGCCACACAGUUGGAGGCAGCAAGGUUGCUGACCUACAACGCAGCCCGUCUUGCGGAAACAGGAAGGCCAUUCAUAAAGGAGGCCAGCAUGGCCAAAUACUAUGCUGCUGAGGUUGCAACACUGACAACUAGUAAAUGUAUUGAAUGGAUGGGUGGCGUUGGAUUCACAAAAAAUUAUCCGAUAGAAAAGUACUAUCGUGACUGCAAGAUAGGUACAAUAUAUGAAGGAACUUCAAAUAUCCAGUUGAGCACCAUUGCAAAAAGUUUAGCACAGGAGUACUGAAACCAUAAGGACUUCUUGACUGUUAACAGAAAUUAUUUUGCUAAACAUUCAUUGUGAAUUACACAUUUAUUUGUAAUUAAAAAAACCAUAAAGAAUACAUCAUCACAGACAAAAUCAUAAGGAAAACCAUGAAUUCCCCAUUUCAGGACAGUGAGUAAUUCAUGCGAAAUCGUGAAUUCCACAUGCAAAUCGAAAUCAUGGGUUAAAAAUAUUUCUUUCUGCCUGAGACACUUCUAAGCUAACACAUUGGCUGAAAUUAUUUUGUUGCUUUAGGUUAUACAAACAGUGUAUCUCCACUUUGAGAUUUCAAAGUGAAAAGAAGCCAAAUCUUUGGCUUGCCUGGUGUGAAAGGUUCUGUUAAGCCACCUGGGAGAAAGGACUCUACAUGUGCUGCAGAACUGUUGCAUGGCGUGAAGCUGCUGUUUGUUCGUGAUGCCCUUUAUUAGCAUGGGGUACAGGUGAGGUAUGUGGAAAGAGUAAUGGUUUCCUCUCUUCCAGGUGGAGCGAUGUCUGUGGAGCUGCUGUAAUUGGAGUAAUUUUUAUAGCAGCCCUUAGUGUGUUCUUAAGUAUAUCUUGGUAAUUAAGCCCUUCCAGCCCCAGUUUGUAGUACUGAAAGGUGGAUACUAUCUGCCUCCCUUUCCAGCCUUCUCAGCUGUUAAGGGUUUUAAUCUAAGAGGCUAUUUAUAGUUCUUCUUUCAUAAAAGGUUGAGUUGAAAUCUUUGUGAAAUGGGGUUAAAAAAGCUCUAGUAGUUGUGCAAAAGACAGAGAUAUAAGCUACGUAAUAGGAAUGCUGUGAUACUACCUCACAGUGGCCUUUCCACGUUCAAUGCAUUUUACAAACUUUAAUCCUCAGAGCCUUCCUGGGAGUUAGGGAGGGACUGUUAAUUUGCAGCCCAGAAAACUCACUCAUGGAAGUUAGUGGUUCUCUAGCAAAGUUUUUCUCCUUUUGAAAGAGAGAGGAAGAG